ACACCAACAAGUAAUUUAACUGGUGAUGAUCAAGGACCAAGUGAAAGAAAUACACCAAUUAGUAAAGAAAGUGCAACUGGUGGUGGUGGUGGUGGUGGUGCAGCUGGUAGCGGUACUGACGGUACAACAAAAGAUGAUCUAACAAAUCAAAAUGGUGAUAAAAAAAAUCCAGAUAGUGGUGAUCAAACACCACAAUCAAAACCACCAAGUGCUGGUGCAUCAAUACGUGAUGCAUCAAAUAAAUUAUUACAUUGUGCUAUGAAAGGUGAAUGGACACCAUGUGAUCAAACAUUAAAAACAUUAGAAAAAUAUGUUAUGAAUGUUGGUGAAGAAGGUAAUAAAACACCAUUAGCAGGAGUUAUUGAUCCAGGAACAGGAAUGACACCAUUAAUGUAUGCUGUAAAAGAUAACCGAUCCACAUUAAUUGAUAGAAUGAUUGAACUUGGAUCUGAUGUUUGUGCCAGAAAUAACGAUAAUUACAAUGUCCUUCAUAUAGCAUCAAUGUAUUCUCGGGAAGAUGUUGUUAAAUUAUUAUUAAAUAAACGUGGUGUGGAUCCGUUCUCAACAGGAGGGUCACGUGCACAAACUCCAGUUCAUUUAGUUGCAAGUCGGCAAACUGGAACCGCAACAAGUAUUCUACGAGCUUUAUUGGCGGCGGCAGGAAAGGAUAUCAGAUUAAAAACUGACGGGAGAGGUAAAAUACCAUUGCUGUUAGCUGUUGAAGCUGGAAAUCAAUCAAUGUGUAGAGAGCUUCUAUCAUCACAGACUGUAGAUCAAUUAAGGGCAACAACAGCAAAUGGCGACACCGCUUUACAUUUAGCAGCUAGACGGCGAGAUGUUGAUAUGUGCAGAAUUUUAGUAGAUUAUGGUACAAAUGUUGAUACACAAAAUGCUGAAGGUCAAACACCAUUACAUAUUGCUGCUGCUGAAGGUGAUGAACAACUUGUUAAAUAUUUUUAUGGUGUUAGAGCAUCAGCUUCGAUUGCUGAUAAACAAGAUCGAACACCAAUGCAUUUGGCAGCAGAAAAUGGUCAUGCCCAUAUUAUUGAAAUAUUGGCUGAUAAAUUUAAAGCUAGUAUAUAUGAACGAACAAAAGAUGGCAGUACUUUAAUGCAUAUAGCAUCUUUAAAUGGUCAUGCUGAAUGUGCCACAAUGUUAUUCAAAAAAGGUGUAUAUUUACAUAUGCCGAAUAAAGAUGGUGCUAGAAGUAUUCAUACUGCUGCCAGAUAUGGUCACACCGGAAUUAUAAACACGUUAUUGGCAAAAGGUGAAAAAGUUGAUGUAACAACGAAUGAUAAUCAUACAGCUUUGCACAUUGCUGUCGAAUCCGCCAAACCAGCAGUUGUUGAAACUCUUUUAGGUUUCGGUGCUGAUGUUCAUGUAAGAGGUGGUCCAUUACAUGAAACACCCUUACAUAUAGCUGCUAGAGUGAAAGAUGGCGACCGAUGUGCCCUUAUGUUAUUAAAAUCUGGUGCUGGUCCAAAUCUUACAACAGAUGAUGGUUGGACACCUGUUCAUGUAGCUGCUAAAAAUGGAAAUUUAGCCACCUUAAUGUUAUUAUUGGAAGACAAAGGGGAUCCAUUGUCUAAGUCAAAUAUUGGUGAAACACCACUACAUUUAGCUUGUCGUAACUGUCAUCCAGAAAUUGUUAAGCAUUUAAUAGACACAGUGAAAGAAACUCGUGGAGCCGAAAUGGCCUCCAAAUAUAUUAACAAAUUAAAUGAUGAAGGAGCGACUGCAUUACAUUAUGCUUGCCAAAUUACAAAAGAAGACGUUAAAAUUCCUGAAUCUGAUAAACAAAUUGUUAAAACUUUAAUAGAAAACGGGGCGGAUGUAAGUGUACAAACAAAAGCAGCGAAUGAGACAGCAUUUCAUUUCUGUGCUGUAGCGGGAAAUAACGAUGUUUUAACAGAAAUGAUAUCACAUAUGAAUCCAACUGAUAUACAAAAAGCAUUGAAUCGUCAGUCAUCUGUUGGCUGGACUCCACUUCUAAUUGCUUGUCAUCGUGGUCACAUGGAACUGGUUAAUACACUACUAUCGAAUCAUGCAAGAGUUGAUGUAUUUGAUAUUGAAGGACGUUCAGCAUUACAUUUAGCUGCAGAACGUGGUUACCUCCAAGUAUGCGAUGCAUUAUUAACUAAUAAAGCUUUUAUAAAUUCUAAAUCGCGUGUUGGUCGUACCGCAUUACAUUUAGCCGCUAUGAAUGGUUUUACACAUUUAGUAAAAUUUUUAAUUAAAGAUCAUAAUGCUGUUAUAGAUAUUUUAACAUUACGCAAACAAACUCCAUUACAUUUAGCAGCAGCAAGUGGCCAAUUAGAAGUAUGUAAAUUAUUACUUGAACUUGGUGCAAAUAUUGAAGCCACUGAUGAUUUGGGACAAAAACCCAUACAUGUAGCAGCACAAAACAAUUAUUCUGAAGUUGCCAAAUUAUUUUUACAACAAUUAGGAACACUUGUAAAUGCAACAAGUAAAGAUGGGAAUACGUGUGCACAUAUUGCUGCAAUGCAAGGUUCAAUUAAAGUAAUAGAAGAAUUAAUGAAAUUUGAUAGGCCUGGCGUAAUAUCAGCACGUAAUAAAUUGACGGAGGCGACACCAUUACAAUUAGCAGCAGAAGGUGGCCACGCGGAUGUAGUGAAAGCUUUAGUUCGAGCUGGUGCUUCAUGUACUGACGAGAAUAAAGCUGGUUUUACUGCAUUACAUUUGGCCGCCCAAAAUGGACAUGGACAAGUUUUGGAUGCAUUAAAAAGCACAAAUUCAUUAAGAAUCACUAGUAAGAAAUUAGGUUUAACACCGAUUCAUAUAGCAGCUUAUUAUGGUCAAACGGAUACCGUUAGAGAAUUAUUAGCUAGUGUACCUGCCACUGUAAAAUCUGAACCGCCAAAUGGUGGGGUUUUCAUUCCUGAGCUCGGAAAUGAAUCUGGAUUGACACCUCUACAUUUAGCAGCAUAUUCUGGUAAUGAGAAUGUCGUUCGUUUAUUAUUAAAUUCAGCUGGUGUUCAAGUGGAUGCUGCAACUACCGAAAAUGGCUAUAAUCCACUUCAUUUAGCCUGCUUCGGUGGUCACAUGUCAGUGGUUGGUUUGCUUCUAAGUCGUUCAGCAGAACUCCUCCAGUCAGUGGAUCGGCAUGGCAAGACCGGUUUGCAUAUAGCCUCAAUGCACGGUCAUUACCAUAUGGUGGAAAUUCUGCUGGGUCAGGGAGCUGAAAUAAAUGCAACCGAUAAGAAUGGUUGGACUCCACUGCAUUGUGCUGCCAAAGCCGGCCAUUUGGAUGUCGUUAAAUUAUUAUGUGAAGCUGGUGCUUCACCAAAAUCAGAAACAAAUUACGGUUGCGCUGCAAUAUGGUUUGCAGCAUCUGAAGGACAUAAUGAUGUUUUAAAAUAUUUAAUGAAUAAAGAGCAUGAUACAUAUGGUUUAAUGGAAGAUAAACGUUUUGUUUAUAAUUUAAUGGUUGUUUCAAAAAAUCAUAAUAAUAAACCAAUACAAGAAUUUGUUCUUGUUAGUCCGGCUCCAGUUGAUACAGCCGCAAAAUUAUCAAAUAUAUAUAAUGUGAUGUCAACUAAAGAAAAAGAAAGAGCUAAAGAUUUAAUUGCUGCUGGUAAACAAUGUGAAACAAUGGCAACUGAAUUACUUGCACUUGCUGCUGGAGCUGAUUCUGCUGCCAAAAUAUUAACAGCUACGGAUAGAAGAAAUGUUGAAUUUCUUGAUGUUCUUAUAGAAAAUGAACAAAAAGAAGUUAUAGCACAUACAGUUGUUCAAAGGUAUUUACAGGAACUCUGGCGAGGAAGCUUAACAUGGGCUUCGUGGAAAAUUUUAUUAUUACUUGUAGCUUUUGUAACAUGCCCACCUGUUUGGAUAAUAUUUACAUUUCCGAUGGGUCAUCAAUUCAAUAAAGUUCCAAUUAUUAAAUUUAUGUCAUAUUUAACAUCACAUAUUUAUUUAAUGAUACAUUUAUCAGUUGUUGGUAUCACACCAAUUUAUCCAGUUUUAAGAUCAAAUUUAAUACCAUAUUGGUAUGAAUGGGGACUUUUAAUAUGGUUAAGUGGAUUAUUAUUAUUUGAAUUAACAAAUCCCAGUGAUAAAUCUGGAUUAGGAUCAAUUAAAUUAUUAGUAUUAUUAUUUGGAAUGGCCGGUGUUGGAGUUCACGUUGCUGCAUUAUUAUUUGUUGGAAAAGAAUAUUGGCCAACAUUAAUAUAUUGCCGUAAUCAAUGUUUUGCCUUAUCAUUUUUACUUGCAUGUGUUCAAAUUUUGGAUUUUUUAUCUUUUCAUCAUUUAUUUGGACCAUGGGCAAUUAUAAUUGGUGAUUUAUUAAAGGAUUUAGCAAGAUUUUUAGCUGUUUUAGCAAUAUUUGUAUUUGGAUUUUCAAUGCAUAUUGUUGCAUUAAAUCAAUCAUUUCAAAAUUUUACACCAGAAGAAGUUGCAAGAUUUAAUAAACAAAAACCAAGAGGUGGUCUUUUUGAUGAUGCUCCGACAUCAUCUGCAUUUCGUCAGCAACAAAGUGGUUAUGUAGAUAGCCGUAGCUUAUUCAGUGAAUUUCGAAGAAAACAUAAAGAUGACAUACGGAUGAACCCAAUUACGUCAUUUGAGUUAUUAUUUUUUGCUGUAUUCGGACAAACGACAACUGAUCAAGUACGAGUGGAUCAAAUAAAAAAUUUAACGAAUGCAACACAACCAUAUUGGGUCGAAUAUUUAUUUAAAAUUGUUUUUGGAAUUUAUAUGCUGGUAUCUGUUGUUGUACUUAUCAAUUUAUUGAUUGCUAUGAUGUCUGAUACUUAUCAAAGGAUACAGGCACAAUCAGAUAUUGAAUGGAAAUUUGGUCUAUCAAAACUUAUACGUAAUAUGCAUCGUACAACAACAGCACCAUCUCCGCUUAAUUUAGUUACUACAUGGUUUAUGUGGAUUGUGCAAAAGGUCAAGGCACGUAUGAAGAAAAAGAAGCGACCAAGUCUGGUUCAGAUGAUGGGAAUACGUCAAGCGAGUCCAAGAACAAAAGCUGGUGCAAAAUGGUUAUCAAAAAUAAAAAAAGAUUCUGUUGCUCUAUCUGUGGUACAUUUAUCACCAUUGGGUUCUCAAACAAGUUUUGCUGCUGCAAAUCAAAAUCGUAUUGAAAAUAUAUGUGAUUGGGAGGCAAUAGCAAGAAAAUAUCGUGCAUUAGUUGGUGAUGAAGAUGGUGGUGCACUUAAAGAUGAAGAAGAUCAAGAUAAUAAUGGUGAGGUAGGUCAAAAUAAUGAAUCACAAGCUGCUGGCGGUAAUAAUGCUGCUGCUGUUACACCAUCUGUCGGAAAUAAUGUUAAUGCAAGCCAAAAUGUUUAAAAAAAAUUUUUUUUUUUUUUUACAUUUAAAUUUUUAAUCCAAGAAAAAAAAAAUUUAUAUGUAUGUGUAUAUUAUAUAAGAUAAAAUAUUUUAUUUAUAAUUAUUCAUGAUAUUAUAUAAUUGAGAAUUGAAAAAAAAAAAAAUAAAUAAAAUUUGAAAAGAAAUUAAAAAAAAAAAAAUUCAUUUCAUAUAAAAAUUUUAAUGAUAAUUUGAUGUUUUCUCAGUAUGUCAAAAAUUUUAUGAUAAUGUUAAUCACGUCAUAAGAAAUUUACGUAAUUGACAUUAAAAUUUCAAAAUUAAAAUGUUUUCCUCCUUAAUCGUCAUUCAUUUUGUCACAUUUAGUAAUCACUUAUGAAUUAACUGUUAAAGAAAUGUAAAAAUAAAAAAAAACUAAAAUAAUUAUUAUUUGCGUUGGCAACAUAUUUAUAUUGAAAUUUAUGAAGCGUACAUCGUAUGUCGCGUUCAAAUUAAUGACUAACAUCAGUUGCAAAUUAUUUGAUAUACUGGAAAACAUCUUUUUAUUACAUUUCAUACUACCAUAAAUUCAUACAGAAUUUAUGCAAAAUAAAUCCAAUUUUUAAAUUUGAAAAGUAAAAAAUAUGCUUCCGAAUCUUUUUUUUUUGUUUUUUAUAUUUUAUUAUUCAUAUAUUUUUAAUUAAACAUUAUAUA